CAGCUUUUCAACCACCUGGGCGUUUCUGGAGACAUAAGUCCGUCAAGAUGACUAUUCCAGCCUCAUAUGAUGCGGUGAAGUCUCACCUUGAGCAAGUCCACCAGAACCCUUCAACGCCUCUGGAUAUCACCCUCCUUGACAAGCUGAAGAUCGAGCUUACAGAGACUACGGAUCGCGUUGUGCCAGCAACGCUUCUGACGCAAAUAUCACAGCUUCUCCCCGUGCUUCAAGAAGAUCCCACUCCUAUCACUACUCUGGGAAUCAAAGCAACAGCAAAUCUUACCUACACUGACCUACGAUCCGUCGAUCCGCCUAUUGACUUAAUCGCGGGGUUCAAGGCGCCAUCGCCACCCAUCAACCUGCUAGCUCUCUCGUUGCUAAGCAAAGCCGGGAAGCUUCCCAGCGAUGCAGCUAUUGUUGCGGGAGAACCGGAGCUUAUUGUUUCUCUUGUAGAGCUCUGGCUUUCGACAUCUGAGACUGCGGUUUCUCAGGCGGCUUUGGACACUCUUUGGGCCCUCCUUGAGAUUGACCUUUCAGAAAAUGAGGAUAUUGGCGGUGGACAAGGUCUUGUAUGGAGGAGGAUCUUUACAGAUAGGGACGUUUAUGGGCGGCUCUUUUCCUUGUGCAGCCUUACUGACGAUGGCCCGGGGAGCCUGCCAAAACGCGAGAAGACCGUGGCUCAGGGCAGGCUGAUGGGCUUUCUGGUGAAAACAGGCAGACUACACUGGGAAAUGAUAUCAAGCUUGCAGAUUCCAGAAAUUGAAGCUAAGUACCAAAGCAGCAGCCUGCUACACUUCGCAGCUUGCCAGAUGGUCGAUAAAAGCGACGUUCUGAUGCAUAUGACCCUAUUGAACUUUUUCCACGACCUCCUCGAGAUCGAUGCCCCUGGUCUGCUAGCUAGAGGCCAUGUGCAAUCAACAUCCACGUCCUCCUCCCCUGCAUUGGAUUUUCUCAUCUCACACAAACUGCAUUCCACGGUAUUGGAUUACUACUUGGAUGAAUCGAAACUCGACCCUGUGGAUCUCAAUUACCUAUCAGGUCCAAUCAUGGCUUACGUGGCACAGUAUGCCGAACUAUACCCGAACCAUUUUAUGCAAAAUUCACAGGAUCUCUUGGAUGAAAUAUUGUCACGUGUUGCUGGAUCUCUGGAUAUCUCAUCUUCUCGGUGGGCACAUGGGCCAGUACCAAGCGGCCAACUUAACGUUCUCUCUUCUCUGCCUCGAGUGCUCCUCGUCGAAGCUAGUAAGCAAGGACUGAACCCUGUGCUGACUCUUCCUACCAAGCCCCCGAGCAAGGAAGUAUUCGAUACAUUGGCCAAACUUUUCCAUGGCCCCCUCAAACACGAGGAAGCCGACUCUAUGGAGUUGAAUCCCUCCGGUCACACCCCAACAGACUGGCAUAAAGAAGCAGCGGCAGCUCGGAUUCUCUACUUUAUGUAUAUGAAUGAUCAUGCGAACUUGUGGACGGACAUUGUCGCUGCAGCUGAUGUCCUAGUCAUGAAGGAUGUCUCCCUUGCAUCCAUUUCAUUUAUGAAGGCCAUCAUCACAGCAAACUGGCAUGAUUUAACAGAUGAAGUAAUUUCACCUGUCGCCGAAACUACCAGAUACCAACUUCCAUCCGAAGAGGGACUGGGAACACUGUCUCCAGCUGCACAAGGAUUGCUUCCUUCGUCAGGCGUUUGGGCUGCGCUCACACCCCCGGCUUUGACCUCAUUGUUGCCUUAUCUUUUCAAACCACCACGCACAUAUGCUGAAUUCGUUGGUGGUGGCGCAGGAGAUUCGCAAAAUAUCGUCUGGAAGGUUGCUACUGCAAAGUAUGACGUUCUAGUUGCCCUGCACAACCGCCUAAGAGAAAUGGGUGGCCAAGUAGAGGGUUUUGAUGACAUCCUACGAUCACUCAAACAGCGAGUCGAUGAAGGGCCUUGGGGGGCAGUCGUGGAGACAGGAAAUAUGGUCGAGGCUGUAGGACUAUGAGCUGCCGCUGCUUUGCAAAUUGUAUCGAGUGGAUUGAAAGGCUUUUCUUUCUCUUGUGUUACUACUCAAUUCAAUAUUUAAUUUUAUAACG